CCAUUUAACUUAUCUCGCUCGGAGCUCGUUCGUCUGAGAACGAAGACGACCGGGUCGGUAUCGCGCGCGACCUUAGUAGGGGAAACGACAUAAGGCUCGCGUCCGGUGUGGUCACGCACAGCUCCUAACAGGGCCUCUAUACGGCGCCGGAUAGCGGAUACACCAAGUAAUACGUGCCAAACAAGGCUGUCGUUCUUGCGUCCUCGAGGCCGUCAACUUGAAUCUUACAUCAUUCUUUCAUAACUGCAAGGCCCUCGGCGUGUGGGUAUUACGUCGCUAUAUAGCACGUGCGCUUCGGUUCAUUCGGUGUACCCGCCGUACCUUUACGGCGCUGAAGAAUAUGGGCGCCUUCAGGCAAAUGGUUUUAACGAAAGCAUUCCUGCCGGCGUCGAUUGUGCUUGUCGUUCUCGGAGCAAGUUCAACUGGGCAAGUCCUGGCUGCUUCUGUGCGGGCUCGGCCGGCGUCGGUGACCGGGGGUGCUUGCGGCCAGCCCUCGGUCGAGCCUCAGCUGGAGUUUGAGGAUCGUAUCGUUGGUGGACAGCCGGCGGUGCCCGGUUCGUGGCCUUGGCAUGCGGCGCUCCACAAGCACGGGACAGGCCAUGCUUGUGGCGGGGCGCUCAUCACGGACCGUCACGUCAUCACGGCAGCGCAUUGCGUCUGGACUCACCAGCCCGGCCAGCAGUACGUCAAGGUGCACCUUGGCGGCCAUUACCGGGACGUCCGUCAGGGAAACGAAAUAUGGGAGGAGGUAGAGGAGAUAUGCGCCCAUUCCAGCUUCAAGUACCACAGGAAAACAAGCUUGCGCGGUGACAUCGCCAUUCUAAAGCUGAAGAACAAGAUCAACUUCACAAGCGUGGUGCACCCAGUGUGCCUUCCAGUCAGCUACGAAGAACUGGGUGAUGGCUCACACUUAUACGUCACCGGCUGGGGACACACCGGCCGAGUCGGCAAAAGCGAGGCUGCAGAAUUGAAGCAGACGUUGACGAAGUCCAUGAGCACGGAAGCUUGUAGGGACCACAGUGGUCGCAACGUUCCACCAACGAUACUGUGUGGUGGCCACGACUACGGCUCAUCCUGUGAUGGAGACAGUGGAGGUCCUGUGGUGCACAGAAGCAACGGUACGUGGAAGCUGCACGGUAUCGUUGUGGGCGGUCCCCAGGAGUGCGGCGAAGAGGACGAGCCGCUCUACUUCGCCAAGGUGUCGCACUACGUGCGGAACUUCAUCGACAUCUACGUGGACGCUAAGACGAGUCGGAAGACAUUACGCAAAAUAUGCAACUUCCUAUAAGCUAGGCUACAGCUCCCGGCUAGUGCUCCACACAGACCCUGUGAAUACGCAGAGUUCUUCGCGUUGCUCGCCCCAGGCGUCAAAUAAGAAAGCGAGGUGCUGUGAUAGUAUGGAAAUUACGUAGUGCUGCUGGAGAGUGUGUAAUGGAAGCAAAUGUAUUAUUAUUGGGAAAGUAAAUUAGUGCGGUGCAACUAUAAUCGUUGCACCGGGCUCGAAACUAUGAAGUCGCAUAACCUCUACGCGGUGACAUGGCAGAGCCACGAGUGAUAUAUUCUGCCGUUUUAGCACAAGCGAUUACGUACAACAAUUGCCACGCACAAGGCUAAACGAUUCAUUAGUGAUAAACCUCAUGUAACUCACAUUUCUCGGUGUUUUGUUGUAUCAUUUCUGACCCUGAUGUAUAUUUAAGAAACCAUAUUUUUCUGGGCUUCAUAUGAAAUUAAACCUGCUGUGAACUAUUGAAUACUGCAGCGGUUCUCGACUUAUGAGUGCAAAACCCAGCGCAUCGUUAGAUAGAACAUCUCGUCGCCUGUCUUCCUAAAAAAAUCAAUCGCAGUUUUUGCGUGGAGUAGUUUUUCAUUUUGAAAGCUGAAAAUUAAACACAAGGAAUUUCAUUACCAUCAAAAUGAAUAAAUUUUUUCUUUCGUUUGCUUUGACAAUUCUCAGGAAACUAAAAAAAUAUACUCUUGUGCUUUUCAGAGAACCAGAAGCAAGCUCUUUCCUUUGUACUUGAUAUUAGGCAAUGAAAUGUUGGUACUGAGGUGAUUCACGCUUGUGGGUAUCGUGUGUGAAUUGAUUAAAUGUGAUAUUGGUCGAAUCAAAAUCUCAGCGUCAUGCUGAAAUUGUUACAGAGAUGUAAACGGGUAGUUAGCAAGUCAACACCCAGGCUGUCUUCAGGAACCACCGUGGAGGAUUAUUGGCUACAGCAUUUUUUUUCCUGCUGAUCACAAUACGAAGGGUCAGAUUUGGGACAGUGAAUGCCAUGUUUAAAUGAGGGAGAAAUGUAAAAACGCUUGUGCGCAGAAAUUUAUUUGCUAGCUACAGAACACCGACGAUAUCCAUGUUAAACCGAAUCCCUCCACUAUGGCGCAUUCUAUAACCCCAGGGUGGCUUUUAGACGGUAAACGCCUUAAUGCUUGCCUGUCUCUGCGCCUUCUUUGUUUCACAUGGCAAUCGUUGCGGCAAAUAGAAUGACGCACCGCAAAACUUACUGAAGAGGUUGAUAUUUCUAACAUACCGUCAUUCAGUCAUGCUACAAGCCACUCAGAUCAUCACCUUUACUUCGCAUCUACAUUUUGGUUCAGCUUACCCUCUGCAGUACAUAAUGAAAUGCUACGAUAUCAGCAAUGCUAAUCGACACUAGACUAACAAUUGGUGGGCACUGCGGUGCUGUAAUGAAACGGUUACUGUGUGUCAGUCAGAAUAAACUGAGAAUAUCUCACGCGUAAGCAAGAGAAGCAGUGGCGAUGAUGGAUAAGAUAUCGUAAGUAAGCAAUUCCAGCCUCUGCUCGAAGGCGUACUUUUAUUGCUAAUUCGUAGCAAGCAUUCUAGAGCUAUUCAUAGCAAACAACGCACAGGAGCGUUAGUUAUGUAUAGAAGCUGCGAUGUAGUAUACGUGGUGAUUUCAAGGGGUUUCGAGUGCAGGUCUGUUUGAAGCCUGCCUGAAAUUCAGUAAUGUGGCAAGCUGGGCGAGUUGGUGACUAAUCACCAUACCGUGGCGGUGAAGCAGUGCACUGACCAGGACAAGGCGGGGAGACAUAAGUGUCGUGUAUUCUUGCGUCUCUCCGCUUUGUCCUGGUCAGUCUGCUGCUUCACCCCCACGGCCCGAUAACGGCCUGAAAUCUUUAUAUGGGGCGAGUGAUGUCACCGAACACGUUGGUGUUCCAUCCACUGGCUUUGUUGACGCAAAGCAAGUCUGAGCCCGGUAACCCUUCAGCUGUUUCACAGUAAAAUGAUCCUCGUUUCUUAGAAUGGCUCAUCACCCCAGCAGAAAAUAUCGGCCAGCUUGACAGGUGAGGUUAGCUGGGCUAUGACACUAGAGGAUAAUGUUGGUUUCAGCGCAUAUUGACAUUGUCAGUCGCCUUCAGUGAAACCAUUUUCGAGUUGCCGUGCAUUUUACCAACAUCACAGAAAGCCACUAUAAAUAUUGGACGCGGAGGAGCAAUUGAGGACAGAGACUGUAACAACAGUGAUCUAGUUGUAUGAAAUGGAACAGAAGGAAAAUAAAGGUAGGAAAACCUCUCAAAUUACGAAGGUAUUUGUUCAAGAAAAUAAUUCUCCACAAUAAACAAUUUUGUACUGCCACAAUGAAGGUCCUUUCUUGCUCGGUUCCACUUCUUUUUUAUAAUCACUCUUGACGGCAUGCUAAUCCUGCCCUUAACCUAGGCGGAGCUGUGUUUGCACCCGGCGAAACGGUAAAAGAAAGGUGUAGAAUAGGGGACGAAUUCGCGAAGCUUUUAUUCACAACAGCGGUUCGUUAUUGGCCUGUCUCCUUCGAAGGAGAUGUGCUCAACAUAACUAUUGGCACGCACCUGCUUUUACUAAAAGUUCUAGCGUUAGUGUUUCAUUUUUUGUUUUUUUAAUACAGGCCAAUGAUUGUGGCUCUACUUUGGUCAUAGAUCAUUAGGUCAACACUGAGGUCAGAUAAGCCUAAUUGGAUACUGUAACCUGAGUAGCUGCGCAGAUGAUUGACAACUAUUCUACUAAGACUUAUCUGCGUUGCACGCUUGUGUAGAAAAUCACUUGCAGGUAGGGCUCGUAUUCACAAAAAUGUCAUCCACUAGAAUUGAUCGUAAGGAAAAAAGAACGAAAAGAUUUGUGAAUGCGGUCCCAUAUUUAAAUAAUUUUAUUUUUAAAUAAAUGAUUUUAUCCCAAAUGUGCAAGUUUAGCACACGCAAAGCAUCGAUUUCUUUGGCGCCUGGUACGAGUAACUCAAGACGCCCUGUAUAUACUUCAUUACACUUGCCACCAUCUCACAUAUGAGCAUAUACCUGCUGUAUUCAUCAAGAAAUAAAUCAUCAUCAACAACCAC